AGGUUGGUAGGGAGGAACCAGAGCUGUCCCAGCAGUCUACAUAAAGGAAGACCAAGCAGGUUUUCCCCAUUGACUUCCAAUAUUCUGUCACAUCAAGGAAGGCUUUGCCUAAAAGAAAGGACAGCCCCACAUCCUAGCCCCAAAUGUACGUCUUCACUGUUAUCCUGUGUGUGUUCUGCACAGUCACUAAUGCGGCUUCCAUUUCUUCAGGAACUUGCUCUGUCCCCAGCGAUCAGCAAUGGUUGGUUAGAGGCAUCCAGACUCAGCUGGAAAAUUGGGCCAGCCUGCAAAGCAAACCUGAUCCCAGUGUCCUGAUGGCUUUGAACCUGGCUGAGGGCGACAGUCGUAGUGCGAUAAAGAAACUGGUGUGGUUGAUAAAAGAAACAGCCGGAACAGAGAUGACCUCUGGCAAAGUGGCCCUUAAUGUCCUAGCUCUUCGGUCCUCCUGUCAGGAUCCCACUGAUGUCUGCACACCAGAAGAUAAUGUCAAUCUGGUCCAAAUCCUUGAGAAGAAAACAAAGGAAGAGAUUCAGAAUAUUGAUACUAGUGGGACGCCCAAGACAACCUACUACCAAUUGGCUCUAGAUACUUUGGCUCUGUGUGUGGAAAGAAGUCCAGAACUUGGAACGGCUGCCAUCUACCUUGCCCAGGCAGCCCUGGAUGAUAAAUUCAAAUUCCAGGGUCGUUUCUCUGUAGAUACUGGUGCCAUGGCAAGUCUGGCACUGUUCUCCGUGUAUGAGGGAUCUCAGCAGAGCAACCUUAAACAAACCAUACAAGAUGCCUUGGCCCGGAUCACAAAGCAAAUCCUUAAUGAAGAGCAGGACAGCGGCAUCCUUGGAAACAUCUAUAGCACUGGCCUCGCCAUGCAGGCUCUUAACGUCACUUCUGAGUUCCAAUCUGCUGGUGAAUGGAACUGCCCAAAGACCCUCAAAGAAGUGCUGCGGGAGGUCACUGAGGGAGCCUUUAGCAGUCCAGCUGCUGCUGCUCAGAUCCUGCCUUCUCUGGUGGGCAAAACCUACUUGGAUGUGAGGGGCAUCACCUGUACCUCUCAGACUGUAACAGUGCAUUAUACUGUAAUCAAUGAGCUAAAAGAACCUCAUUUCACGUAUUCCGUAACUGUGCAAGUGCCAAAGGAUUCUGUGCUGCUCGCUGUCUUGGAAGCUGCUAAACAGGCUAAUGCAAGUGAAUUCAGCUUUGAAACAGAGGAGACAUCUUGGGGCCCCAUGGUCACCUCUAUCCACGGCCUCCAAGCCAGCACCAAUGAAAAGACCUACUGGCAGUUCCUCCGUGGCAAAACACCCCUUGAACAAGGUGUUGGCAGCUACAAGCCAAGAGAUGGUGAGCAAAUUGUGGCCAUCUUCAGUAGAUACUGAACCAUCACCUAUAAUAUAGGACUAAGAUUCAAACCUGUAUGUAUCAGAGGAUCUCCCUUUCAGCCAAAAAGUUAUGCCAGCUUAUGCUGUGAUAUAUACAGCCAAGCCUUCUGCAUGGUAUUUGAUAUGUUGCAGUUCUAGCAAGAUGACAAUAAAAAUACUGAUUUGA